AUGUCCAACGAGUUGGAGGCCUGUUUAGACCCGGUGCGCAGCGAGUACCCCGCGCUUUUCCAAGAAUUUCUCCUAGCAAAUUUGCUGGACCGAGAAGAUGAUGGGCUGCAACUCGGCGCUGCCGGACGCGAGGGAUGGUGCUGGGUGGUUGCGCAGAACAAAUUGCAUUUAUGGAACCUAAAGGACGAGAAGCCGCAAUACCACACCUUCAAUCUGCUGCCGAAUGGGCGGCCAUACACGGCGCAGGAUAUUCUGAUUCAUAGACGUGAUGCCUCUACAAUGUGCGUCAUGGCCGUCUCUUCAAACAGCACACUACGCUACUGGCCAACGCUACAGUCGCGCCACCACGACAUCCUUCUGAAUCUCAACAACGAAACGACACGGGCCAUUUUUACGGCAAUUGUGCAGGGUGAAGAGCGUAUUCUCCUCCUCACCGGCGUCGGCUCCGUCUAUGAAAUCCACUAUCUACGUGACAACGGGCGACUUUCGUAUAAACUGGUGGCUUCGUACACUCAGAAUUCGGGCUUUGGCGUGCGACUGACUGCGAUGUUCCGCGGAAAUUCCGACAUCAAAGAUAAGAGGGCUUUGUGCUGCAUUUCCGUCCCCAAGAACGCGGAGUCGGAAGAUUCAGUCCUGGUCGUUCUGGGUCCGGGUCAUAUCACCGUGUUCGACGAAUCGUCAGUUCAACCCCUGUUCAGCAUCGCGGCCGAAGAGCUUCUCGAUCUGCCGUUUGGGGAUUACUUUCGGUCACGAAGUCCUGCCCCACCCACAAACUUGCGAUACUUCUUGCUGGACGUCACGGCGUACAAGGGCGGAUUGAUGCUUCUCAUUUGUGCUGUACACAGUAUGUCGAAGGCGCCGUCUUUCGCUUUGGUGUACUACAAGUCGGUGGAAGAGCUCCAUUUACAGCCAACCUGGUUCGCGUGCUGUCCACUGGCCAAUCUGCAGCUAUUCUCGGCAAACAUUGAGACGUCGUACAUCGACAGGCUGUCGAUUCACGUCCCGGGUGACAAUCAAGCUUCCGAAGGCAUCGUCAUCAUGCACAAAACUUUUGCUCAGAUUGUCCAACCCCCCGCCGAUUACAGCUGGCAUGGUCUGCCCGUCAACAGGGCUGUUUUCUUUCCUAAUGCUGAUCGCUUGGUCGGGCAAGGAAGCGACGAAAAAUUUACCUACGCCCUCCUGGCAAAGAAGGGCAUCUGCGCGGUGCGGUUGUUGCCUCGGGGUUUCGCCGACCAAUUCCCACCGACCGACAAGUUGUUUGGAAGCGCACAAGAGUCGGCUAAGCGGAUCUUUGCCGAACAUGGGCAAAUGAAGCUCGCCAACCCAAGUUUGAGGGCAUUCCUCGAGGCCUUCGUCGAGUUCAGCGCUACAAAGAUUAAAGACGCAAAGCGCAUAUUGGCCCGGCUUACGGAGGCCGACCUUUGCGAUGCCGUUCAUCGUUUCUUCGAGGAGCUCAUGGGAAAAGAUGAGCUCUUCGUAUCCAAAGAGCGCUCGAUUUCACAGAAGCUUGCCUUCCGCCACAUCGUCGCCUCGAGGAUCGUUUUCUUUUUAAAGAAAGUUGAUGCCGAGGAUACGUUGGUUCGUACAAAGUGCGGCUCGUUUGGGCUACUGUUAUCGCGUGGGUCUUCCGGUGCGGCAAUGGUAACUGAGUGUUACGAGAAGACUGCUGCCGCUCUAGCUCUCUGGGAUUGGAUCGAUGCUGAUGAGGAUCACAGAUUGAUGGUUCAAUACACCGCCGAGCACUACGCCCAAAGACAUGAGCUGGCUGAACGGAAUGCGUACGAUGUCUUCUUCCGAAAUCUGACUGCCUUCCACCAACUCCCCACAGCGGCCGUCGCCUUCGUUGCGGAGCAGCUGGAGACCUCCAGGCUGGCGACGAAGCCCGUGGAGCAAGUGUCGUUGCUCUCGAUUGCGUGCGAUCUUCUCUGCUACUUCUGUGAUGCGAUCGAUCGGGAGCGACGGAAGUCGACAAGCAUCACUGACCCUCGAGUCGUUGAGAAAUGGACUGGUGGAAGGCUUUCGGAAGCUAUUCAGAGCAUGGUCAUGAUGGUGCUAAAGAAGCUAGACUCAACUGUGUCGAUCACAUCCUUGCAGAGGAAGAGCGCCAUUGAUCAGGUGCGCCGCCUCUUGUUCUUCUCGCUUUUCGAGUCCAUCACCCAGCCCGAAGGAAACGAAGCGCUCUUGCUCCUCUACAACGUUGAUGAGCGCGAAUUGGCCCGAGAUCUUGCCGAACGUUUCAAAGACUUCAAAAUCCUGAUCAAAAUCGCGCAAGCCUGCGAAACGGACCGUCAGAGGAAGCAGCUGGUUGAUGGCUGGAAAAGCAAGUUUACGGCAGACAACUUUGACAUCUACCUGUGCAACUACUACCGCACUCAUGGUAUGAACGAAGAGCUGCUUGGCGAGAAUGGCGAACAGGCGCAACACUUUAUCGAGGGCUGCGAGGAUUUGCGCUGGAGACGCCAUAUCAUGAAUGACGAAUAUGAGAAGGCUGCCCAAAAUCUGCUCUCGCUUGGCGACCGUACCGAAGACAAGGAAUGUAAGGAGAACGCCUACGUCUUCGCGAAAUUGAGCGCCAUAUGUGCCGGCAAAAAGCGCCAAGACCUCGUGGACCUUGCCACCAAGAAAAUUGUCGACGCGAAAAGCCAA